AUGACCACGACACCACCCCUCGCGACGGGUGCCAACCCUCCGAUUCCCGCCGAACAGCUCGCCGCACUUACAUCGCUGCUGUCGGGUCUCACCGCUGCCGCUUCCGGCACUGCCACACCCGCCACGACGUCCGGCACCACUCGCACUGCCUUUCCAAAGCACGCACGCUUGGAUGGUGCGAAGACCUUCGCGAACUGGACACGCCAACUUCGCCUGUGCCUAGCGGACGACAUCCGCUCGUACGUCCUCGACGGUAUCGCACCCGACGACUGGACACCUUCGCAACGCUCCGCUCGCGACGCCGUCGCUCGUGAGGUCCUUGCGAAUUCGAUUGACUCGGCCGAAGUCUCGGCAGUCCUCGACAAAAUCCCUACCGCCGACCUGACAGCGCCGACAAUCUACUCGACGCUGAAAUCGCGGUACGCCCCUGACGACGCCACCCGCACGCUCGAGCUCUUCUCACGACUCUGGGGUUUCCGUCCCAUGCCCGGCACGGUUGCCGAAUUCGACGGGUGGAUCAUGGACUUCAAAGCCGUUGCGCAAGAGAUCAUCGACACAAAGACAACUAUCAAUGAUGUUCUCGCCACACUCCUCCUUGCAAUCGCCCACCCGUCCCUCGAGAGCUUCAAGGCGUCGUUCACCGAUGAACAGCGCACGCAACGAACUCUCCCCGACAUUGAUUCGCUUGCCGACCGUAUGCGAGUCCAACUUCGGUCAACGAACAUCCCCAGCACUCAAUCGGCCCUUCUUGCCUCGUCGUCGUCACGUUCUACUCGUCUCAAGUGUCUCGCCUGUCGCAGCCCUUCGCACCGAGUCGCGGAGUGCCCUACGAGGGCGCAACACCCGCCGCCAGGACCCUGUCGCUCCUGCAAGAAGAAGGAUCACUGGUCUCUCGACUGCAAGAAGGCGCUCGAGGACGGCAAAAAGCCCGACACCGCUGACUCGACCGUCGACUCGCAACACCAUGUCGGAUGUCUCGCCACCGGUCUUCUCGCUCGUCGUCGCCAGCUUCGCAACCACUCUUUUGUCGUCGACUCGGGCGCCACUUCGCACAUGGUCUCGGACAAGUCGCUGUUCACGACCUAUCGCCAUAUCGCUCCUACGAAGAUUGGUGGUAUUGCAGGGGGCAUCAACGCCAUCGGAACGGGAAACAUCGCCUUCAUUGCCGCCUCGGGUCAUCCGAUCACGCUUACCGGCGUGCUGCACACUCCGGGCCUGUUUGUCAAUCUUCUCUCGGUCUCUCGACUUUGCGACACCGACGAUGUCCGUGUCGCCUUCACAAAACACGGCAUCCACAUUGACAAGGACGGCAACGACAUCGCUGAAGGCGCACGACUCGACGAAGGGCUCUACUUGCUGGACGCUGAUCAUUCCAAAUGUCAGCACCUUGCUCUCCUUUCUCGCUCACAGUCGUCCGUGCCCCUGCUGACUCUCCAUCGCUGCCUCGGCCAUCUCGCACCGUCCUCCAUACAGAAGAUGGUUGCCGCUGGUUUGCUGGAGGGUCUCAGGGCCGGAUAUAGUGACGAAGAGGUAGAGAAGUUUGUCUGCAAUGCUUGCCUCAGCGCAAAGGGCCAUCGUCUUCCCUUUCCCGAUUCGGAUUCGCACUCCUCAGAGAGACUCGGCCUUGUACACAGCGAUGUGCUUUCCUUCCCCGAGCGGUCCUUGACUGGCAAACGUUACCUGGUCACAUUCCUUGACGAUUACUCGCGCAAACUCUGGGCCUACGCAAUCGGACACAAAAGCGAAGUCUUCGGCAUAUUCAAAACUUGGCUAGCCGAGGUUGAACUCGAGACGGGUGCGACGCUGAAGGUCCUCCGAACCGACAACGGUGGCGAAUACUGUUCGAGAGCGUUCACAGAGUUCUGCAAGACACGAGGCACCCGUCGACAAUACUCUAUCCCACGCACGCCUCAACAGAACGGUCGUGCAGAGCGGGUCAAUCGUUCCAUUGUCGAAGGCGUCCUUGCCCUCCUUGUCGACGCCCACCUACCCAAGACAUUCUGGGAGGAGGCUGCAGCUUAUUUCGUUUACUGCAAGAACCUGUGUCAACACGCGGCCCUGGACAAGGCAACACCAAACUCCGUCUGGCAGGGUGACCACACCACUGCCUCGGCGCUUCACCCGUUCGGCUGUACAGCUUGGCUUACGGUCGCGCCCGAACUUCGCUCCAAACUCGACCCGAAGGCGGUUCGCGUUUUUUUCACCGGCUACGACCUGGCUUCAAAAGCCUUUCGCUUCUACGACACUACAACACAGAAGAUUAUACUUGGCAGAAAUGCCACGUUCCUCGACACUGAAUUCCCCGGAUUACAUGGCGACCCCACUGAGCAAGACGGCGACACGCACUUCGCCAGCGCUCCCACCACCGAAUCUCAAACCGUUGUCAAGACAUGGACCCCACUAGUAAGGUCGGCGCACAUGGACGUCUCAUCCCCCCUUGAUGAUUCUGCCAUGAGCGCCGUUGACGUGGCCCCAGGGUACACUGGCGGAACCUUACUUAACUUCACAGAUGCCGAAUCGUCCUCGUCACCGUCGCCUGCGUCGCCCUCAUCACCGUCGUCUGCGCCAUCGCCUGCACUUUCACCAUCGUCGGCUGCGUCAUCGUCACCCUCGGCCUUACCGACCGACUCUGAAGACUCCGCCGAUCCCCUCGACCUCCUCGGCUCACAGCCCCAGGUUCGCCUCGAUCUACAGGACGUGCACCACCCAGACUUCAGCACGUACCGCGAGCCCGCAUCGGCUGAGGAGUCGCCCGACGAACUCGACCUCAUUGGGCGCCACUCUCGCGACGAAUCUCCGGACGAAAUCGAUUUCCUCACCCGACACCACCGCGCCUUCAUCGCCAUCGACGACGACACCUCUGACACAGAGGCAAUUCAGCCAGUCAAGUCCAUCACGAGCGACCCACAGACCUGGCGCGAGGCGAUGUCUAGCGACAAGCGUGAAGUAUGGGCCAAAGCCGCCACCGACGAGUUCACCUCCAUGCGCGACGACUUCAAGGUCUUCACCAUCGAGGACCGAGCCACGGUGCCCGCGGGUGCGACUAUCGUUACAUCCAAGUUCGUCUGGAAAACGAAACGGAACGCACUCGGCGAAGUCACUGGACACAAGGCAAGGCUGGUCGCGCAAGGCAAUCGGCAACGCGACGGCAUCGACUUCAACGAAACGUUCGCACCGGUCGCACGCUUCUCCUCGAUACGCUCACUCCUCGCGCUGGCGGCCGCCAACGGCUUGCACGUGCACCAGGCGGACAUCGACAAAGCAUAUCUGCAUGGCGACCUUGACCACGACAUCUGGAUGACGGCACCGCGCGGCUUCGACCUUCCCAGCGACAAGGUGCUUCGCCUGCGACGCUCCAUCUACGGGCUCAAACAGGCUGGCCGAAUCUGGAAUCGACACAUCGACGCUUCGCUUCGGGCCCUCGGUUACACGGCGACGGGCACCGACCACUGCGUAUACUCUUGGCUCGAUGAUCGUCAAUGUCCACACUACAUCGCACUGUACGUCGACGACCUCCUGAUGAUCAGCCCGGAACUGGCCGAAAUCGAACGUGUCAUCUCAGGCCUGGACCAACGCUACGGAGUCAAGCGCCUCGGCCCGGCCGAGUAUAUCCUCGGCAUCCAGAUCAGGCGGUUCGACGACGGCUCUAUCGCCCUAUCCCAGGAACGGUACAUCAUGGACGUGCUCGCUCGGUUCCACUUCGACACCACGACUCGCGGCACUACAGUUCCGAUGACUCCCGGCCUUUCGCUCACUGCUAUCCCGGGUCAAGGCACCGAACGGAUCAGGUCAUGGUAUCUGCAGGCUAUCGGCUCGCUCCUCUACAUUUCGCUCGGUACCCGCCCUGACAUCGCCUUCGCCGUGUCCUACCUGGCCCGCUUCGCCAACAACCCCGGUCGUCGUCAUUGGAUUGCGGUCAAGCACAUCCUACGCUAUCUCCGGGCCACGUAUCGCAACGAACUCGUGUAUGCUCGCGGCCAGGCUCGCAUCACGGGUGUGGUAGGCUACUCCGACGCGAACUGGGGGGCCUGCAUCGACACAUCGGUGUCCACCAUGGGCUACGUCUUCUACAUCGCUGGCUCGGCCGUGUCCUGGUCGUCCAAACGCCAGUCUCGAGUUGCCGAUUCGACCACCGACGCUGAAUACCUCGCCCUCUCGCAUGCUGGCAAGGAAGGGAUUUACCUCAGUCAGCUGCUCGAAGAGCUCCAUGUACAACCUGUUGCACCGGCUCACAUCUUUACUGACAACGAAGCCGCUGCUGCAGUUGCUCACGAUCCUGUCCGCGUCUCUGGCACUCGGCACAUACGCUUGCGUGAGCACUUCGUUCGGGACAUGGUGAAUCGGGGCGACAUCUCUCUCUCGCAUGUGGGUACCAGCGACAUGGUGGCCGACAUCUUCACCAAGGCUCUCGGCCCAAAGGUCUUCUCAACGCACUGCUACGCCCUCGGCCUUCGCACUCGACACCCGCGGCUUGGGUCUGCCUCGCAUUCGCGUGGGGGGGGGUGUGAAGAGUCCACUCUCAGCUCGACAGGGGCGCCUCGGUCGUUGCGCGCACUUGCUAGCCCGCCCCCGGCGGUGGGGACUUAG